UCAUACUUUUCCCAUAACUUCUUAGUGGAUUAACAUAGAAACUGUAUCCAUAUAUAUAUAUAUACUUCUCAAUAACAAAAUUUACACUGGGUAGACGUUUAAUUGCAUUGGCAAUUGGCAUCUAGUUUUAAGUUUAUAUUUAUUCCUUUCAGCCAAGUUACAGGUAUAAUUAUUAGCAUGGCACAAAAUUAUGACACUUUAACCAACUCAUUAAUCUAUGAUGUUGUUAAAAGAACAAACGGGAAAAGGAAGGAAAUUCAUAGAAUUUUAUGUUCUUUAGCUGAUAUUGAACCUUAUCAAGUCAAUCAGUGUAGCCUGGCAAACAAAGCGAAAUUAGUUGUUAAAGAAAUCAAACGUCUCAAAAAUGCAAGAAAUGAAUCCAUAUAUCAAAAUUACCUGGAGAAAAAGUUUAUAUUUCCUCCAUUAAAAGAAAAACAAAAUGGAUCCAUUCAACCAACAACUGAAACCAGUGCACAAAAUCAAGCAAUUUCAAAUUUGCAGAAGACAAAUAUGACAUUACAAAGGAUGGUAGUCAAUUUAAAUAUGCAGAUUACAAAACUGAGGAGAAAGGUGAAAGAAGUGAAUGUGGCAUCCUUGAAAUUAAAAUUAAAGAGGCAGGAAAAUGCUAUAUAUAAACUGAAAUCCAAAAACAGACACCUGGAAAAAGGCAAAAAAGAAGGCAAGCAGGACCCUUUACAGUUUGACAAAAGUAGUCAAUGUAAAUUAAAUAUGGAUGAUAUGAAAACACUCCAAGAGAAAAUUUUGUAUUUAGAAAAUGAAAAUGUAACUUUACAAGAUGAAAAAAGCAGUACAGAUCGAGAGAGCCCAAUGGACGAAGAGGUGUUUAGAAUGAGAGAAAAUACAAAGGGUUUACCCUAUUCAUCUAAAUUACGAUCUGUGUAUUACAAAUUUAGAAGUUGUGAUGUUGGUAUUAAUCAUAUUUCAUCAUUGAUAAAAUCUGUAUUAGACAUAGUAGGUAUUCAUAUACCAUUAAAGGACUUUCCUGGAGAAAGUGUCAUAGCAAGUUUUACUUCAGAGAUGGGAUUUAUUGCAAGGGAGCAGCUAUGUGAAAAAUUAAGUGCCUCAGACUGUGUCACUAUGCAUAGAGAUGCAACUACUAAAAAGGGAAAACAUUUUUAUGGUGUACAAUUGUCAACUAAGGAUGAAACUCUCACUGCAGGUAUUCGAGAGGUUGUGGAUGGAAAAGCUGCAACCUAUAUAGACUGUACAAAUCAGAUGUGUAGUGACAUUGAUUCCCAUAUGGAAUCAGAGUCUUCAAUGAAUUAUGUCACCAGCUAUAUGACAGACAGAAGUGCGACAGAAACUAAAGUGAACAUUUUACUGAAGGAUGUCAACAACAACAAUGAAGUUCCAUCUUUUAAAUGUGCUGUGCAUCCACUCCUUCAAUUUUCAGAUGUUUGUCUAAAAGAAAUUAAAGAAUUAGAAAAAAAGUUAGGAGUACAUGAGAAAUCUUAUAUUGGUUGUCAAAAAGGAGAGUCUGUUACUCAGUGCCUUCUAAGAUUUGUUUCCAAACUUUUUUAUAAAGAUGGUUCUGGUGACCCACUAAUGGCAGCACUAUAUUUAAAAGAUCUAGGUAUGAAAAUUCCUAUUUUGAAUUUCAGAGGGAACCGCUUUAAUGUUUUGUUUUAUAAUGCUGCAGGAACAUUUUAUCUUUCACAACAUCUUCAAGACUAUCUUGAAUCUUCUAAAUCCACACUAAAUUUUGUACAAACAUGUAUCUUAGAAGGACUGAAAGAUCCAAUUUUGAUGGACAUAUGCAAAUGUUUAGGAAUUUUAUCCAAAUUAAUAACUGAGCCAUAUUGGAGAAAAGCUGGAGGGGAAGUAGCAUCAGCCAUUGAAAUGGGCCCUGUUUAUACCCGUCUAAUAGAAUGUUUAGGUAUUGGUUGUGAAACCCCUUUAACUUUGCUCCAUAACAACAUACAGCUAUUUCCGGGACCAAGUGUUGAACCUGAUGAUGUUUUGCAACUAUUGUUUAACUCGCACGUGUCAUCAAAUGCUGUGACAAUAAUGACCAGUCUUUGCAAGGCAAUGCGUGACAAAGCCCAACAUUUGUUUAAGGACUUCCUGCCAUCUGGGCCUUUCUUCUCCCCAUCUGUGUCUGAAAUAGCAUCAUUUUCUUCAUGUCCUCCAAACAAUAUAUGUGUAGAACGCCUCAUGGGCAAACUGGACAGUAAAUUAAAAUUUGCACCCAAUAUGAAUACAGAUAAUAUAGAAAGUUCAGUCAUGUACAAAUCCAACAAGACCUCGGAUUGGCUCAAUGACAAACCAGAAAUCGUGCAAAAGAAGAUUAUUUGCACUGCAAGAAAACAUAAGACAGACAUUUGUAGUAAAACAAAAGAAAGAAAACAUCACCUAAAACAACAACAACUACAAAUUAUCAAAGAAAGAAAAGAAAGUGUAUUAAAAAAGAGGAAGAAGGUUGAUAAACAAAAAGAGGAGUUGAUAGAAAACUUGGACACACUUGGACUGUGGGACAGUGAUGACAAAAUUGAAAAUGGAAUCAAGGAAAUUAAAACUAACAAAGAACAGUUGUCACUUUUGAAAAAACAAAUUGGAAUGAUAAGACAGUUAUACAACAUCGACCAAAAACACAAACAUCUGUUACAAUACAGUAAGAAGGGUAAAGCAUUCUCUGUUGAUCAAAUAAAGCAAAAUUUGAAAGAAUUAAUAAAAGUGAAAAUAACAAAAAAUGAAGUGCAAUUAGUGGAACCAAAUGUAGUUGGAAAGAAAAUCAAACAUAUUUGGUCUGAUGACAAUGGCAACACAGUCUGGAAUGGGAGGAUUUUGAGCAAUGACAAUGGGGUUUUCAAGGUUAGAUUCAACUUUGACCCAAUGACCCAUACACUGGCACUCCUUAGUAAUACUUCGGCAUGUUGAUUAAAAUAUCUCCACAAUUUAACUUUGAAGGACAACUUCUUUCCAGCGUUAUGGUUUCGGUUGUUUAUGCAUGUUUAUCAUUCCAGCCAAUCACUAAGACCUCAAACACAAUUGUUGAAAUCAAUUGAUAUUUAAUUUGAAAGAUAGGACCUAGUACUGUCUGUGAAUUUAAGUUUUGGUGUACGAAUAUUAGGUUGAUCAAUUAUAGUUUGAAGUUAAAAAAAAAAAUAUGCAUGUUUUUCAU